AUGGAGCAAGAGGCGGUGAAUGAAAAGGAGCAGAAUCAAAAGGAGGAGAGGGAGGAAGCCCUCAUCGAGUUCUACAGCUCCUUCAAAGACCUGUUUGAGUUCUUUUGUCUGAACACCACCAUCCAUGGCACCGUCCGUCUCGUUUGCUCCAGCCGCAACAAGAUGAAGACGGCCUUCUGGGCUCUCCUCUUCCUCGCCAGCUUCGCCAUGUUGUACUGGCAGUUUGCGCUCAUCUUCAAUGAAUACUGGAGCUACCCUGUCAUCAUGACCCUAUCGGUUCACUCAGAGCCAAAGAUGUUUCCUGCCAUCACCAUCUGCAACCUGAAUCCUUACAGGGUCAACGCUGUCCGGAAAAACAUGGCCGAGCUGGAUAAUUUAACAAGGAAAGAGUUCUUCGACGUGUACGGCUUCCACAUUCCGGAGAGUGUACUGGAAGACGAUUUGAAGACAGAUGAUUGGCUGAAGAAUCAGACCAGCAAGGUCAACAGCUCUGGCUUCCACCUAAACGAGAGCUUCGGGUUGUUGAGGUUGGGUAGACACAAGGAGAAAGUGGGUUUUCGGCUGUGCAACGAAACAGGCGGAGAAUGCUACAGAAAAGUGUAUCUAUCCGGGGUUGAUGCCCUCCGGGAAUGGUACCGUUUUCACUACAUGAAUAUCAUGUCUCAGGUCCCGCCAGUCAACUUUUCCAACAAUGAGCAAUGCCCUGGGGGCAUCCAAGACUUGGUCUAUUCUUGCCGGUACAAUCAACAACGUUGCCCGCCCAGGGACUGCAGCCACUUCCACCAUGCCAUCUAUGGAAGCUGCCUCACUUUUAAUGGUAACGGGACAGAUAAUUUGUGGGAAGCAUCCAAGCCCGGAAUACUUUACGGUCUGUCUCUCAUUCUAAAGGUUGAGCAAAAGGAUCACAUCCCCCUGCUGUCCACCAAGGCGGGCGUGAAAGUCAUGAUCCACAAGCACAACCAGUCGCCAUUCCUGGAGCACGAAGGAUUCGAUAUUCGGCCGGGGAUUGAGUCCACCAUCGGGAUUAAACAGGUCGAGGUAACUCGCUUAAAUGGACUUUACGGCGACUGUACCACUGAUGGAAAGGACGUGAACGUCACUCUCAUCUACAACAGCCAUUAUACGCUGCAGGCUUGUCUGCAUUCCUGCUUCCAGCGGCUGAUGAUUAAAAACUGCGGCUGUGGAUAUUAUUACUACCCGUUGCCUCCUGGGGAGGAGUACUGCAACUACAACAAGCACCCUGCCUGGGGUCACUGCUUUUACCUACAGUACGAUCAGUUUGCCAAUCACAAACACAGCUGCUUCCAAAAAUGCCGAAAGCCUUGCCAGGAGACUUGGUACACACUUGCCGCAGGAUACGCUAAGUGGCCAUCGGCUAAUUCAGAGAAAUGGAUUCACAAAGUUUUGAAAGAGCAGUACAACUACAGCAUGGCCACCGAAAGGAAAGACAUUGCCAAAGUCAACAUUUUCUACGAGCAUCUGGAUUACUAUUCGUUGGACGAAACUCCUGGAUACGAUGCGACACUGGCAAUGUCCAACAUGGGAAGUCAGUGGAGUCUCUGGUUCGGCUCCUCGGUGCUGUCAGUGGUGGAGAUGCUCGAGUUCCUCGUGGACAUCAUCCUCUUGUCCCUCAUCUUCGGCUACCGGUGGUUGACGGCCAAGAAGGUCAACGUGAUGAAGCACCCACCCGCCAUCUCCACCGUGAGCUUGACUCUGGAGAAGUACCGCUACAUAGAGGAGGGCUUGGCCACUAGCCAAAACAUGACUAAACUGUACGCUAGCGACGGAGACACUUCCUUGGACAAAAAGAGGAUCUCCACGCCCUUCUCGAAGUACGGUGGGUGCCACGUGCCAGAACUGUACACGGGCGUGGUGCUUAACGGGUUCAAAUACCAGGAGGACCACUGCGCAGAAACGGGUCUCGACAGGUAG